AUGCGUGAAACAAUUUUAUCCUCUUCAAGUGAGCACUUGCACACGAAACAGUGCAUUCCAGGAGCAAAAACAAACCCGUCUGUGGUACGCACUUUUGCACGUGAGCGACCGCGCGACACCCCGCAACUGCAGGAUGGUGAGAGGGUUCCUUCGGUUGCACUGAUGAGGCCCACAGACGUCUACGCGGCACUUCAGCGGCAUGUACUCAACGUAAAAUACAAAUGGAGUCGCCGUCUACGCCGCCUCCGGAACCACAUCGGCAGUUGUAUAGACUUUGCUCCCGAGAAGCCUCUGAGGAGGUGUAGCGUUACAUAUCCAUCAAAUACCUCUCCCCUGCGUUUGCGGUAA